AGUGGGUGGGGCCCAUAUCAAUCACAUGAACUCAGCGAAGAUGGCGGCUGAUGAGGCGAAAGGAGUAGACACAAAAAGACUGGAUUUCAAGAAGCAGAGCUUGGAUGAUGCUUAUGCUGCACCAGCAAAUUUGUUAGAGAUUGAAAUUUGUGAUCCACAAGAACAUGGGCUUGGUACAAGGCAGCGUUUCAUUGACUAUGAAAUCAAGAUGCGGACUAACAUUCCGAUAUUCAAGAUAAAGGAAUCUUCUGUGAGACGUAGGUACAGAGACUUUGAGUGGCUCAAGAAAGAACUUGAGAGAGAUAGUAAGAUUGUAGUCCCACCACUGCCAGGAAAAGCUAUAAAGAGACAACUUCCUUUCAGGGGAGAUGAUGGUAUAUUUGAAGAUGAAUUCAUUGAGGAAAGAAGAAAAGGUUUGGAAGAAUUCGUUAACAAGAUUGCUGGUCACCCCCUAGCACAAAAUGAACGGUGUUUACACAUGUUCUUACAAGAGCCAGUAGUUGAUCGAUCUUAUGUCCCAGGCAAAGUGCGUAGUAACAACUAGAACUGUCAACACAACACACAUCUUGUUUGGUGGGAUGAAUUGAUGUACUCUGUAUAUAGCUAGCCCACGCUCCCAUACGAGCCUUUUUAAUUAUUGUAUGAUUGUUUUGAUUGUUUGAUUAAUACUUAUUAAGACAA